AUGACUGACUCUACAUCUUCUACCACCUCUACUCUUGUCAGGAUAAUCAACAACGUAGUGACUUUAUUGAAAUGUAUUGCUCGGACAGGAUUUGUGAUAAUAAACAAUGUCUAUUGCAUACCUACAUAUGUAGUAUGGAUGAUGCUAUUAUUUCCUGUGAAAGUAUAUCAACCUCAAGUAUAUUGGCGAAUCGAAGGCCUAUUUUUCCACUGGUUGUUGGCAAUGGUGUCAAUGUGGACAUGGUCUGCAGGUUAUGACAUAAUAGAGCAAGGGGAUGACAUUCAAAAAAUCAUAAGUGAAAGAACAUUGGUUAUAGCGAAUCAUCAGAGCACUGGUGAUGUUCCUAUAUUAAUGACAACAUUUAAUGCUAAACCGAAUGUUCUACCUAAUUUAAUGUGGAUAAUGGAUAGAGUGUUCAAAUUUACUAACUUCGGCAUAGUUUCUAUAUUGCAUCAAGAUUUUUUCAUUGUAUCAGGUCGUAAACGAAGAGAAGAAAGUUUAAAACAAUUAGAAAGACAUCUUAAAGAGUCUUAUAUACCACGAGAAAGGAAAUGGAUGGUUCUUUUCCCUGAAGGAGGUUUCCUAUGCAAGAGACGGGAAACUUCACAAAAAUAUGCUAAAAAGAAUAAUUUGCCUAUUCUUGAAAAUGUGACUCUGCCAAGAGUAGGAGCUAUGCAGACGAUAUUCGAGACACUUGGACCAGCACGGAGUAAAAAUCAAGAAGAUCAACAGUUGAAUAGUCGACCAAGUAUGACAGUAGCUAAACCAGAAAUUAGUUGGGUUCUUGAUAUAACAAUAGCGUAUCCUCAAGGUAAGCCAAUCGACUUACCCACCAUCGUAACUGGUUCAAGACCUCCGUGCGAGACAGUGUUGUUCUAUCGACUGUUUCCUAGUUCAGUGGUUCCUCGUGAACCAGAACUGUUAUCUAAAUGGUUGUAUGACAGAUGGGUAGAAAAAGAAGCGCUUUUGGAAAAUUUUUAUAAAUAUGGAACGUUUCUUGGCACAAACGAGUCGAGGAGAGAGGGUUACAAGAUACAUCAGGAUCCAUUAAGAUUCCUAGUCCUUCAUAUAUUCUUCAUAAUGUCUAGUUAUAUACACUACAGCAUGUUUAGGUACGUGCUAUCAUGCUUUUGGUAAGAUAUUUUAUACAUCACGUAAGACGCACGAUGCAGUCCAGUUUAAAGAAGAAAUUCACAGAGUAGCAAAGUAAGAUAUCCCUGCCUUAAACAAUUUUGAUGUCGAGAAGAAUAAUUCUAACGAAUGUGCGAAUUAUCAAACCGACGGACCUAGUAAAAAUCAUUCGCGUGAUAUUUUUUUCUUUUUCUUUUCUUUUCUAACGGAACAAUGUUCAUAAACGGCAUUUACGUGAGACCUAUCACAUAAAUUUAAGGAUAUUAAGGAUAUUGAGUUAGUAUAUCCUCUCAUUUCGGAAUAUAAAUAAAUUUUACAUUUAACGUGAAAAACAGAUUCGAAAUAUUGUCAAGCAUAAAUAAAAUUUCAUUUAGAAUUUGUUUCUGCAAUUUUUGCAUGACUGUAGAUUUCAAAAAUAUUUUUAUUAUAUGGUAUUGUCCAUAUUCUAUAUGUAAAGCUAUGUGAAGGUUGGGUAUUGAAAUGACUUUUACAAAUCAACAUAUUUGUAUUUUCGAUGGUGACGGAAUAUACUUUUAAAACAAAACCAAUGUGUUUGAUAUAAUGUCGAUUUAUAGAUACAUUUUUUCAUUACUUUGAAUAUUAUAUGAUUAAUAUAUAUUUAUUUGUGAGUUGAGAUAAUGUUGGAGACAUAUUAGAACUAAACGCAUUACAAAUGAAGUUCUGAUCUGUCUCGUAUUGAAUCUUGUGUAAUUUUUUUAUGGAGAUGGCGUAAUGCUUUUUGCUACUAAUUCUUGCGAACGCGUGAACGUAGCGUCUAGAUUACUCAUCCAAAUCAAGCGAUUUAACGGCUGUUAGUUCGCACGAUCGUAUUGUACGUUGCAUAAUAAAUAUUAUACAAUUUUGUAGAUAGCCGAGUUUAGAUGUGAUAAUUCGUUAAUUUUUAUUACCCUCACACAUACGAUGUACGGGUGUGUUCGCGCACUUAUUCGCACAUGCGUCUGGAAGCCUGGCAGCGUUGUAAAAAUAUCUUCGUAAUACCUCGCGUUGCGCGCGUGUUUUAUAAGGUAGCUCGUUAUACGAUGAUACAUAUUCUAUAUGAAGUGAAAACACAAAAAAAAUCCUGCUGCGAAGCAGAGCGGUGCGGUAAAAAGACGAAUCUUUCAAAGAAAUAUACGUUCAUUUGUGAUA